ACUGCAGCGCACCGCCGCCGUGACGGCUAAAUGGCCGUUGCUGCGGAGGAGAAGCGUGUCAGGCGCCGGCUAACGCCCGGGGCGCGGCUACCGAGGGGCCGAGCUUCCGCCGCAAAGCGUUUACGGGAAGGGACCCGGGAGGCUGCGGGCGGAGGUCAAGUCAUUCUGCUGAAUUCUACCAGGCUGGCUGUUGGGUUUAAAACACAACGGUGCACACGUUCAAGUAAGGUGAAGGUGCUACUGAGGGUAGGUGCUACUGAAGAUACAUAGAGAAGGCUCUGAACCAUGGAUAGCCUUUGUGCAGCAAAUACCACUUUUGCACUUGACCUCCUAAGAAAGCUGUGUGAGGACAAAAGCCGUCAGAAUCUAUUCUUUUCUCCUUUUAGUAUUUCUUCUGCUUUGUCUAUGAUUUUGCUGGGUUCAAAGAGUAACACUGAAGCCCAAAUAGCAAAGGUACUUUCUCUGAAAAAAGCUGACGAUGCUCACAAUGGGUAUCAGUUACUUCACUCUGAAAUUAAUGAUCCAAACACCAAAUAUAUACUGAGAACAGCUAACCGACUUUACGGAGAAAAGACAUUUGAGUUUCUCUCAUCAUUUAUAGAGUCAAGUCAGAAGUUCUACCAUGCUGGACUAGAAAAGACUGACUUCAUGCAUGCUUGGGAGGAUUCUAGAAAACAAAUAAACGGCUGGGUAGAGGAAAAGACGGAAGGUAAAAUUCAGAACCUGUUGGCAGAGGGGAUUCUUGAUUCACUGACCAGACUUGUGCUGGUGAAUGCCAUCUAUUUUAAAGGCAACUGGGAAAAGCAGUUCGACAAAGAGAGAACAGAAGAAAUGCCAUUUCAAAUUAACAAGGAAGAGACCAAACCUGUGCAGAUGAUGUUCAAAAAAGACACCUUUAACAUGACUUAUAUUGGGGACUUCCAGACUAAAAUCCUUGAGCUUCCUUAUGUUGGUAAUGAACUCAGCAUGAUCAUCCUGCUCCCCGAUGCAAUCCAGGAUGGAUCCACUGGCUUAGAAAGUCUGGAAAGAGAACUUACGUAUGAGAAGCUGAUAGACUGGAUCAAUCCUGAAAUGAUGGACUGUACAGAGGUGAGGGUGUCUUUACCAAGAUUUAAACUGGAAGAAGAUUAUGAUCUGAAACCCCUUCUGAGCAGCAUGGGAAUGCCUGACGCAUUUGACGUAGGGAAGGCAGACUUCUCAGGAAUUUCAGCUGGCAGCGAGCUGGUGCUCUCUGAAGUAGUUCACAAGUCCUUUGUGGAAGUCAAUGAAGAAGGCACUGAAGCGGCAGCUGCCACGGCAGGAGUGAUGAUGAUGCGCUGUGCAAUGAUCGUUCCAGAAUUCACUGCUGAUCAUCCCUUUCUCUUCUUCAUUCGGCACAACAAAACUUCCAGCAUUUUGUUUUGUGGCAGAUUUUGCUCUCCCUAAUAAAGAGAUGCCUUGGCAGAUGAGCCACCGUUGCACAAUAACAUUCUGUUUCUUUAGAAUAGGGCUACUCUUUUUGCACUGAUUGCCUCUUUCAGCUGUCCCUGAAUGCACUUCUGUGGUCUUCAUCUAUCAUGGUUUUGGCUGGGAUAGAGUUAAUUUACUUCACUGUAGCUGGUAUAGUGCUGUGCUUUGGAUUUAAUAUGAGAAAAAUGUUGAUAACACACUGAUGCGUUAGUUGUUGCUAAGUAGUGCUUAUGAUAUCCCAAAGAAAGCUGAAUUUUCUUUUAAGUAAUAACCAUGACCCAUGUGAGCUUGGCAAAACAGAAUCUGGCGGGUGGAGAGAGCUGAAAGAUAGGGAAGUGAUUGUUUUAUGACUAUAUCCUUGAAGAAGAACCAACAGACCGAUAAAAGGGAACAUCCCACCUCAGAAGACACCGAAAGCUGGUUGAUAAAGUAUAGUCAAGGAGGACAACUAAUUGGGAUGUUGACAAGAACUAAAACUAGAUGUCCUUUAGGUGAACUAUCUUCAUUAUAAUACUAAAAAUUGUGCCCAUAGACCAGAAAGCCCCUUACUCGAAUAAGCCCCUUACUCUCUGAGCAUGCGUGGUAAAUUUGAAGGGAACUGUACCUUUAAGGUGAUGUGAGAAAGAAACUAACCAGUUAUCAGCUGGGGGGGCAUGAAUAUUAGCUGUCGCUGGCACAUUUAACUGUAUAAAUACCUUGUAGCUUCUCAGUGUGGGGUGCUACCUUUAUGGAGUUACCACCUAGCACCCAUCUCUGCGCAAAAAUGAAAUGAAUGAAAUACAUCUGUUGUGUGUGUAAUUUGGUAUUUUGCAGUCCGGGUGAAUGAACCCACUUUUUGGGAAAAUACUGUCACUAGUCAAGGCCUGUUCCAGGUUCCCAUACUCUGCCGGGCGCACAAGAAGCCAGGAGGGGAGGAGGCACAGUGAGGACAGCUGAUCCAGACUGGCCAGAGGGAUAUUCCUUAUCAUAUGAUGGCAUGCCGGUAUAUUAACUGGGGGAAGUUGGCUGGGGGAGGCAGCAGUUGCAGCUUGGGGACUGGCAGUGUUGGUCAGCAGGCGGUGAGCGGUUGUAUCACUUACUGUUCAGUUGGUUGUUUCCCCCUACCCAGGUUUACACCUUUCUCUCUCUCUCUUGUUAUUUUCUUUUUCAUUAUAGUGUUGUUAUGACUACUAUUACUGUUUUAUUUUAAUUAUUAAAAUGUUCUUAUCUCAA